UCUUGACCGCACGAUGACGAUUCGCAAACAUUUCCGACUAGUAAAAGGUGGCGGUUCGCAUAUAAACCGUUCGCCGGACUAAUCGCGACCGGUUUUCUUCGAUGGCGUUCUCUUCGAUUACCAUGAAAUGCCCCCCUGUUCUUCACCUGCGAGCCCUUCCUAAAAGCUCUGCACCUCAAAGUUCAAUUUCCUUUCGAUAUUCACCUACGAAAUUCAGCCGGAGAAAAACCUUAUCGAUUCGAUCGGUUUCAGUCCCAGCUGCGCCAGCAUCCGAGGGUAUAGCACCGGCUAUCUCAUUAACCGAUAAUGCAUUGAAACACUUGAAUAAAAUGAGAUCUGAACGUAAUGAAGAUUUGUGCUUGAGAAUUGGUGUCAGACAGGGUGGAUGCUCUGGUAUGUCCUACACGAUGGAGUUUGAGAACAGGGAAAAUGCUAGACCUGAUGACUCAAUUAUAGAAUAUAAUGAGUUUGUGAUUGUAUGUGAUCCCAAGAGCCUACUUUUCUUGUUUGGAAUGCAAUUGGACUACAGCGACGCACUUAUUGGUGGGGGCUUCUCCUUCAAGAACCCAAACGCUACACAAACUUGUGGCUGUGGAAAAUCAUUUGCUGCAGAAAUGUAGGAUCAUCAUUUGUAUAUAUAUAUAUAUAUGAAUGAUUCAACACAAAGUUGAUAGUUUCAUAUUAAAGAAAACUUAGAACGUUGUAUAAACUCUUAGUUUGGUAGGCCAUCGAUCCUAAUAACAUACCUUCUAUUACAAGUCU